AUGCAGGGGGCGUUGUUCGUCUUCUGGCCCAUUUUCCCCGGCUACAGUUAAGCGGCGAUCUCCACCGAACUAUAAAAGCUCCUCCCACCUCGCAUUAGGGUCUCCAAGAACAAUUACCGAUAUUGAAUGAGCAGGCUACAUCCAUAAUCGCCAUCUCCACUUGCAGACAGGGGACAGAGAGGGAGAGCGAUUCAAAGGAGCUUAAAGUGAGAUUUAAGCAAGAUGCAGUCCAGAUAUCGUAGCCCCAGGGACGGAUUCCGGCCUGGCCCGUCGGCGACCUCCGGUGGGCGGAUCUCCUCAUAUGGCAGAGAUAUUGACCGCGUUCCCUCAAACCCUUACACUUUUCCUCGCAAGGUCGACAUCCUCAUGGAAGCCGGCCGUCUCGCUGCCGAGUAUCUUGUCUCGAGGGGUGUCAUACCGCCGGAACAUCUUUUAAGAAAGUUCCCCAACGGAAGCCCUCCUGGAUUCGAGCGCCAGGCCAGAGAAAUCCCGCCGCCGCCGGAGGUGAGGACUUCUGCACUGGCGCGGCUUGGUCAAAGGUUCGAUGAUGAGGGGCGGUUUGAUUACAGGAGGCGGGAGAAGUCGAGGAAGAGAGUCGGGCCUUAUAGCAGAGUGUACGACUCUGAUUGGAGUAGAGAGAAUGGUAAAUCUAGAAAUUGGACGGAGAGGGGAAGAAGCUACUCCGAUCUUGCUGAUAAGGAUGAUGAGUUCCCCUCUGAUGUCAUGAGGACUAAGAGGAAAGUUUAUACUGUGAUCAGGAGUAGCGUGUCUAGAGUUUCUGCUGAUGAGCAACCGACAAGGAGUGAGUCGGUUUCGGAGAAGGAGAAUUAUGAGUUGGCUGAUGAUAAUUGGUCGAAGGUAAGUUCAUCUAGUACUAAGAAGGAUGCGCAGCCCGAUGCUGAUGAGGGCUCAAGCAAGGGUGUCGAUGAAGUCAGGGUUUCGAGCUCAGAAAUAACGGAGGAGGUGAAGAGUGAAAGAAUUGAUGAGCCAAAGAAGAAAGAGUCCAUGGAGGAAGAUAUCGAUGCCAAGCCUUGUGAAGAGGAAGGUGAUGCUGCAAUGAAGGACUGCAAGGAUCUGUUGAAACUAUGCAGCUUUACAAAAGUGCCCACCAAACCACGAUCAUCACUUGCAAAUAAGAGUCCAAAGAUUCAACAUGACCCUGAUGCAGAGAUGAGUGAUGCCAUAGGUAAUGCUGGGGAGGAAGGGUGCAAGGAGUUGAAUGGUGAUAACAUUGGACAUUCGGAAGUGCAGACUUCUGAGAAUCACAGUCAUCAAUCUGAUAUAUCAUUGGAAGAAGUUGCAGACUCACAAAAUGAGCUGUUUCAGAGCCCACCUGAUCCAGCAAUUUGUACUGAAUUUAAUGGGAAACAUGAUACAGGUUUUCAGGAUGAUUGUGAUGAGAGCAAGCAAAAUGAUAACUCUGCUUCAUCCCUGGCACCUGACACGAUUGAGCACACGGAAUCCACAUUUCUUGAUGGGAAAGGUGCCCGGGAUGAAGAAAUGGAUCCAGAAUCUGAUGGAAAUGGUUUGGAUUCUACGGCUUUUACUCCAAAGGGUAAUAGAGAAUCUGUUGUGAUGUUAGAAGAAGAAGAGAUUCGGCCUGAAACUGCUGCAUCAUUUAAAAUAUGUGAUCUCAAUCUUACUGGAAGUCCUGAGCUGAGUGAGAUUCCUGGAGGUCCUUCCAUGGACCAUCCUGCUGUCCCUAUAACUGAAAAAGGAAUCUCAGCAGAUUUAAGCAUCUCAAUGAGAAAUGCUGUUAAUGCCCGUGACAAUAACCAAGUCUCUGGCCCUAACAAAGUAAUUCCAGUAAUAGACCUUGAGGAGGACUCUCAUGCAGAGAUCAAUGCCUUUGAUUCUUCUAAGCACAAGGGUGAUAUUUCAUUUCCAGGACUUGAAAAUGUCUUAAAUCAGACGACACAUGCAGAUGAUAUUCCUGGCAUUCAGGAUGGUUACAGUCUUGAGUUUUCUGAAUUUCUGGGUACUGAUAUGUCUGGUUGUGCAUCUGCUCAAGGAGACCUCAAUGAUAUGCAGCCUGGGAUGGGUCUUCACGGCGCUGAGGGUUAUCCUGGCGUAGAUGACCACAUUUAUGUCUCCCUUGACGAAUUGCCAAUAGGAUUUAUGGGGGUUUGGGACCAGCCAUCUCAGGAUUAUGGGAAGUUCUUUUGAGCCACAAAUAUUCAUCAGCAUAAUGUAUUUGAUUCGUCAGUAGCAGAAUGUCCAUAAUUGGACCAUAUCUAGUCAAAGACAUGUUAUGUAAUCACAAGUAGCUUCUUGUUACAGAAGAUGGGUAUAUUAGUCGCAUCUUCAUUAUCAAGAACCAUGUGUUGCCAUGUGCAUUGCUGUUAUGUUGUGUUAGGUUUUUGAUUGCUCGACUUUUUUGUCCACUUCUAGAGAUGGCUGUUGAAUUGGAC